AUGGAGUAUGAUGAUAAUUUCGAUGAUUAUUAUGAUGAUGCCAACAUUUAUGAUGAAGAGGAUUUGGAGAAAAUGUUGGCAGGUUAUACAGACUUGAUUACGGUGAUGAAAUGGAGUAUGCUCGGAUUUCUUUUAUGGAUCUGGCCGAGAAUUGUCUGUACCCUACCUUACAGCAAACAAUUCAUAUGUUGGCUCCGCUGUAUGUUUUGUGUAUCACAACUAGGAUUGUUUGUGUGGUGGGAUAUUCAGAGCCAGUCCCUUCCCCGGUGGUUCUUUAAUAUCUGCAUUAGUCUAGGGGGGCUGUUAGCUCUCUACAUGUUUUUUGGUAACAACAUUGUCUAUCUGCUUGUCUGUGCUGUGUCUGUGUACGUAAUCCUGCUCGUUACAUCAUGGGAGGCAAGGAACUUAGCAGGAGUGACAGUGGCAGCUUAUAUCUUCCUUUUCAUUGUGAUAUGUGAGUUGUUUGUUGUGGAUGAAAAAAUCUGGCACAGUAUUAGAGGUGCACAGAUAAUGCUGUCUAUGAAACUUAUAGGCCUUGGUUUUGACAUCACAUCAGGAGUUACACCUCUGCCUGCCUUUACAGAUUACAUGGCCUACAUUUUUUGUGCUGGAAAUGUUAUCUUUGGGCCUUGGAUGUCAUUUCAAGACUUUAAAAGUAUCUACUCCACAAGUUUAUCAAAGUGCCUUGAUGUAGAUUGGAUGACUAAAGUGAUGAAAUCCAGUUUGUUUUCUGUGUUCUGUCUUUCCUUCUCGACGUGUUUUGGAUCCUGGAUCAUUCUAGACAGUAAUUACAAGUGGGUACGUGCUUACAGAGAUGCCCAAUCCUUCAGAUUCAGCCAUUAUUUUGUAUGUUUUGUCUCGGAGACCACCAUAGCUCUAUCUGGAAUUAACCCCAGUGAGAUCGACUAG